UUGUUGGGAGUUGGGUAUGUACAUGUUCAAAUAUCCUAAAAUGGAAUAUUUGGAUUUAUACUAUUCAUACUGAUUUUGUAUACUAAAAAUCUACCAGAUGAUAUUAUAUAAAAGCUAUUGAUGAUGCCGAUGUCUCUACCCGGAACAGGUUUCCUGAUAGACCUAGAUGGGCAAACACAAUCUAUCAGUGCUGAAUGAGUUCAUUCUGAUGGGAAUCACAGACCGUCCUGAGCUGCAGGCGCCAUUGUUCGGGCUGUUCCUCAUCAUCUACAUGAUCUCAAUGGUGGGCAACUUGGUCAUCAUCAUCCUCACCAAGAUAGACUCCAAGCUACAAACUCCGAUGUACUUUUUUCUCAGACACCUGGCUAUCACUGAUCUUGGCUAUUCAACAGCCGUGGGACCCAAAAUGUUGGCAAAUUUUGUUGUGGAUGAAAAUACAAUCUCCUACUAUUUUUGUGCUACACAGCUAGCUUUCUUUAUUAUGUUCAUAGCUAGUGAAUUUUUUAUUCUGUCAGCAAUGUCCUACGACCGCUAUGUGGCCAUCUGUAACCCUCUGUGCUACACAGUCAUCAUGUCACGAAGGAUGUGUUGGGUACUGGUGACAAUCUCCUAUCUCUAUAGCACAUUUGUUUCUCUCCUGGUCAGCAUAAAGAUUUUUAAUUUAACCUUCUGUGGCCACAAUGUCAUCAGGCAUUUCUACUGUGACAUUCUCCCCUUGUUAUCUUUGCUCUGCUCAGACACACAUGAAAUCAAAUUGGUCAUUCUCGUCUUAUCUGUUUUGGAUCUGACUUCAUCCCUUCUAAUAGUUCUUGUUUCUUACACACUCAUAAUUGUAUCCAUUAUCAAACUGAGCUCAGCUGAGGGCAGGCACAAGGCCUUCUCCACCUGUGGAUCCCACCUGAGUGUGGUGGUAGUGUUCUAUGGGACUUUAAUCUUUAUGUAUCUGCAGCCCAACUCCAGUCAUUCCUUUGACACUGAUAAAGUGGCCUCCAUAUUUUACACCCUGGUAAUCCCCAUGUUGAAUCCCUUGAUCUACAGUUUGAGGAAUAGAGAUGUAAAAUAUGCCUUAGAUAGGGCUUUAGGACGAUUAUGCAAUAUAUUUUCUCAACGUUCAUUGUAACAUGGAUGCAUAUAAAUUACAUUUUGGGCUUCACACUUUUUUCUUUCUGCCUCCAGAGGGGAUAGCAAGCCCACAAGCACGGA